AUGAGGCUGUGGCAGCGGGAGCAGGUGUGGGUGUGGCUGGUCGGGCUGGAGGCCAUAGAAACAGCCAUUAAGGCUGUGUGGCCUGGCAGGACCCUAGGUUGGCCUCAGCCUCUUUGGGUGGGGAGCAGGGGUCUGCUUGAAUCUUGUCAUAGACUUUGCUCUGGGUCCCCAGCGCCCAACCUGGAAAGUGCUAAGACCUCGGACCUGGAGGCAGAAUCUCCAGUCUUCAUAGACAGACCUGACUUCUUUGAUUACCCAGAUUCAGACCAAGCCAGGCUCCUGGCCCUGGCCCAAUUUACUGGAGAGAGUCCUGUCAUUUUUGUUGACUCAGGUCACAACUCCAGGUUAUUCCAUCACAUCCUUGUGGGUGCUCUGGCUGUGGCUGCCUUCUUCCUCCUUUUCCAGUUCUGCACACACAUGUAA